UUUUGCUGAAUCUCUAAACAAAUAUAGUUGCACACGUGUGACCUUAUCUUUAUAGUGAAAGACUCGUGUUGUGACCCUCAGAAGCACUUACAAUGUGCCCAAUAACAAUGUUAAAGCAUUUAGGAGGAUGGGCAAUGCUAUCCUCACCACCCAUGUUACCAUUUUAUCUUCUGGGAAACACCUAUACCUGCAAAGAUAGCGUAUGGUUUGGCAUUAAAGCUGUGAAAUUGAGCAACAAAAGAGUUUUGGGGAGUUGGGUAUCGUGUGCUGUGAGGAGGAGAGUGAGAUAUGAUGAAGAAGAGGAAGGAGAUGAAGAUGAAGGUGAGGAAGAAUAUGGGUACAAUGAGGAAAUUGCGAUGUUGGAAGUGUAUAGCCAGUCUGCCAAGGGAGAAGCGCUUAUUGUUCAUGCAAUAGUGGAUGAGGAGGAAGUGGAGGUGCUUAUCUUCAAGGGAUUUUCUUCGUCUUUGAGCUAUAGAACUUCACCGGAUCCAUCAAGAAGUAUUCUUCCUGCUAGGGCAGUGAUAAAAUUCAUAGACAGAAUUAAAGGACCUUUCAACCCUUCUAAUAUUGAGUACCUUCAGAAAGGUCUAACAUGGGAAGCAUUUAAAGAGUUCCUUUCCACUUAAAAAUUACACCAUCACUAGGCUAGCAGUUACAGAACUAUUUUUUUUUUUGGUGGUGGGGGGGUUGUUGGUGUAGUAAUUGUGCUUGUUUGCUUGGUGUAGACACUCAUUUUGACAUGUUUGAUUGGUCAUCAAGGUAAUUAUGCAAUUAUUUA